AAUAUUUACAAACACAGUUCGAUCGCAGUUGUGAACUUAGCUAGUUGUAUUGAACUUUAUUAUUUUAUAAAUAACUACAUCUCUAAGUAAACGUAACAAUGUUACAACUACCACUGAUUUUAUUUGGAUUAGUUCUCUUACUAUCGUGGUACCUGAUCGGUAGACAUAAUGAAAACUAUUGGAAGGCACGUGGUGUGAAGUUCUACAGCAAGAACAAAGUGAUUGGACCCUUUUGGGACUACGUUUUUAGUAGAGGUGCAAUGUUCGAGAAAUUUGGUGAGCUAUAUAAAGCGUAUAGAAAUGAGCCGGUUGUAGCCAUUGGACAAGUCCUGACACCUUCAUUGUUCGUCAUAGAUGCCAAGAACGUGCAACACGUUUUGUCCUCAGACUUUCAAUCUUUCAAUCAUAGAGGACUUGAUAGCGUAGAGGGUGACCAACUGACAGAGUCCAUAAUCUUACUGAAUGGACCCAAGUGGAAGUUAAUGCGAAAAACCAUGACUCCAUUAUUCACAUCAAGCAAAUUGAAGAACAUGUAUUACAUUAUGGACAAAACUGCGCAAGACUUUGUGACUCAUUUAAAAAGUGACCCCAAACUAUGGAAAGGCAAUUUCUUUGAAUCUGCCAUGCUUUACUGCAAUGCUGCCGUUUGUGCUGCUAUUUUUGGUAUCGGAGAACAAUCAACAUUUGAAUCCCCGUUUCUGAAGUUUGCUAAAGAUGUGUCAAUAUCAACUUUCAAGAAUAAUAUGAAAUUUACAUUAUUUAAUCUUGCCCCGAAGCUAUUUAGGAUGUUAGGGGUGAAGGUGUUUAAGGAGCAUGAGGACUUUUUCGUUGGAGCGAUAGGUCAAGUUAUUAAAAAGAGAGAAGAAGAGAACGUAAAGAGGCACGAUUUCGCUGAUUUAUGUAUCGAACUGCAGAAGAAUGGUACCCUGAAGGAUCAAACGACGGGUUAUGAGUUGGAGCCCACCACAGGCUUGUUGUCUGCGCAGGCAUUCUUCUUCUUCACUGCGGGAGUUGAACCGGCUGCCGACGGCAUUUUUGCAACAUUCGCUUUACUCAGUCAGCACCCAGAAAUUUUACAAAAAGUUCACCAAGAAAUUGACGAAUAUUUCGAAAAAUACGAUGGAAAAAUAACAUAUGACGUUGUAUGUGACAUGGAGUAUGUAGAUAAAGUGCUUAGUGAGUCACUAAGAAUGUUCCCUCCGAUCGGUUAUUUGAGUAGACAGUGCGUCCAAGACACUGUGCUGCCAGUUGGCAAUGUUAAAGUAGCAAAGGGAACAAAACUGUUCACACCUAUUUAUGAAAUACAUCAUGAUCCCAAAUAUUAUCCGGACCCUGAAGUGUUUGACCCAGAACGAUUCUCUAAGGAGAGGAGACCCAACGAUGAUCUUUAUAUGCCAUUUGGAAUGGGAAACAGGACAUGCAUAGGAGCCAGGUAUUCUAAAUUGCAACUUUUGGCUGCUAUAGUUCACGUUCUUAGAUCAUUCACUCUGAAGCCUAUCCCAGAAAGCCAGCAGAAGAAAGUAACAUUCCUCCGACAUGCGAUUGGUGUAAGAAUAGGAAAUGUAAAAGUGGAGCUCAUUCCCAGAGAUAUAAAAUAGGUUUUACAUACAAUGUAUUAAAAUAAAAUGGAUUUAUGCUCUGGACUCACAGAGUUAUCUUUAGGUAUCUUUAUGUAAUUUAUAAUGUUAGUUGAAUUGUUGAUAUUAAUUAGAUAUUUGAAUGUUAUUGAUUUGUUUUUUGCUUUCGCUAACAGAUUUUAUACAUAUACCUAACAUUUACUUUAAAAUUAAGUUUAGUUUUACAACUAAAUAGUAAAUAGUUAGGUACAUAAAGUUGGCAAAGAUUGUGUUCUUAAAAUAGGUAUCCAAUGGCUACGAAAUAAAUAAAAUAUUGAUAAGCCAAAUGUAAUUGCAAGUAAGUAAAAGCAAAGCGAUGGCACUGAACUCUUAUUACAAAUUAAAAAACCGUUAUCACAUAGGGGUCAAGAUUCGUUUGUUACAAUUACGUAUAUGAAUUUUGUAGCUGCUAGUAGGUAAUAUAGCGAUGUUUUGGUGUUUGUAAGUUCGUUUAAUUAGCAGUCUUAUUUUUACAGACAUUUGAUUGUUACUUUCUUGAUUGCUGAAAUUACGACAUAAGUAGAAGUUUUGUUGUUAUAUAUUUUUUUGUUUUAAAACAAUAAAAGUGGCUAAAUUAUUA